AAUCACUUUACAGUAUCACUCUAGAUGAUCCGGACGCUUCCGCAGCGCUAGAGCAACGCACGCACGGGGGCAUCUUCUUCCCGCUUCUUCUUUCAGUUGGCAUUUUAUACUAGCAGAGAGACCAGAAAGAAAGAGGAACAAAACAUAGAGAGCAACAGAGAAGAGAAAGAGAAAACCAGAUAUGUGCGGGAGAGCUCGAUGUACGCUGAGGCACGACGACAUACACAGGGCUUGUCACCUCACCGGUCGCCCCCUCCGAUCCGUCGAUACGAACCGGUACCAGCCAUCCUAUAAUGUUUCUCCCGGAAGGGAUUUGACUGUGGUUCGAAGAGACGAUGGUUCUGGUGGUGACGGUGCGGUUCUUCAGUGCAUGAAGUGGGGACUCAUCCCCAGUUUCACUAAGAAAACUGAGAAACCUGAUCACUACAAGAUGUUCAAUGCUCGCUCCAAGUCAAUAUGUGAAAAAGCUUCUUUUCGUCGCCUUGUGCCCAACAAUAGGUGCCUUGUGGCUGUGGAAGGAUUCUACGAGUGGAAAAAAGAUGGGUCUAAAAAGCAACCUUACUACGUUCAUUUUAAGGAUGGUCGGCCCCUUGUGUUCGCUGCUCUUUAUGAUUCUUGGAAAAACUCUGAAGAAGAGAUUCUUUAUACAUUCACUAUUGUGACAACUUCCUCGUCACCAGCUUUAGAGUGGUUGCAUG